GUGCAGCUUGACAUUAAAGAAACUGGUAGUCUUAAAGGAGUUGGAUAAGGAGCUUAUUUCUGGGGUCAUUGCUGUCAAAAUGCAGGGCUCCAAGCGCAUCCUGCGGUCUCACGAGAUUGUAUUGCCCCCGAGUGGACAUGUGGAGACGGAGCUUGCACUGACCUUCUCGCUGCAGUACCCUCACUUCUUGAAGAGAGAAGGCAACAAGCUUCAGAUCAUGCUGCAGCGGCGGAAGAGGUACAAGAACCGAACCAUUUUAGGCUACAAGACUCUGGCUGUGGGGUCUAUCAACAUGGCUGAGGUCAUGCAGCACCCAACAGAAGGUGGCCAGGUUCUGAGCCUUUUCAGCAACAUCAAAGAGGCUGCAGUGAAGGUAGCAGAAAUCUGGAUCUUCUCCUUGUCAAGUCAGCCAAUCGACCAUGAAGACAGCACUAUGCAGGCCAGCCAGAAAAUCAAGUCUACAGACAACUAUUCCGAGGAGGAGUACGAGAGCUUCUCUUCUGAGCAGGAGGCCAGUGAUGAUGCCGUACAGGGCCAGGAUUUGGAUGAUGAUGAGUACGAGCUGGGGAAGCCCAAGAAGCAGCGGAGAUCGAUAGUAAGAACGACGUCCAUAACCAGGCAACAAAACUUCAAACAGAAGGUUGUGGCAUUGCUGAAGAGGUUUAAAGUGUCUGAUGAGGUUCUGGAUUCAGAGCAGGACCCGGCAGAGCAUGUUCCAGAGGUGGAGGAGGAUUUGGACCUGCUGUAUGACACACUGGAUAUAGAGAACCCCAGUGACAGUGGGCCAGAAAUGGAGGACGAUGACAGUGUCUUGAGCACUCCAAAGCCAAAGUUAAAACCUUAUUUUGAAGGACUGUCACACUCCAGCUCGCAAACAGAAAUUGGUAGCAUCCACAGCAUCAGGAGCCAGAGAGAACCAUCAAGUCCUCAGGUAGAAGUGCCUGAAAAGACAAAGACUCUUGGAACCAAACAUGCAGGCGACAGUAUCUCUGAUACUGUUCCUUAUGAGUCUAACCAGCAACCUGAAGUCCAGGAGGCUGAACUUCCCACACCAGAUGUGUUUGUUGAGAAGCUCCCACCCAGUGGGAAGAUCACUAAGACAGAGUCUCUCAUCAUCCCAUCCACCAGGUCUGAAGGGAAGCAGACGGGACGUCGGGGAAGGAGCACAUCCCUGAAGGAGAGGCAGCCCGUGAGGCCUCAGAACGAGAGAGCCAACAGUCUGGACAACGAGCGCUCUCCAGACACCCGGCACCACUUACAGAUCCCCAGGAAAACAGUGUAUGACCAAUUAAAUCACAUCCUGGUUUCCGAUGACCAGCUGCCAGAAAACAUUAUUCUUGUCAAUACAUCUGACUGGCAAGGCCAGUACCUAUCAGAUGUCUUGCAAAAGCAUACCUUGCCAGUGGUCUGCACAUGUUCCUCCGCUGAUAUUCAGGCAGCUUUCAGCACUAUUGUCUCCAGGAUACAGAGAUACUGUAACUGCAAUUCGCAGCCUCCAAACCCAAUUAAAAUUGCGGUGGCAGGAGCCCAGAAUUACCUCAGUGCUGUGUUGAGGCUCUUUGUAGAGCAGCUGUCUCACAAAACCCCCGACUGGCUCGGCUACAUGCGAUUCCUGAUCAUCCCUCUAGGCUCUCAUCCAGUGGCCAAGUAUCUGGGUUCUGUAGAUUAUAGAUACAACAACUUCUUCCAAGAUCUAGCCUGGAGAGAUCUCUUCAACAAACUUGAAGCACAGACCACUGUUCCAGAAGCACCUGAUGUUGUUUCCCGGAUAACACAGUACAUAGCAGGGGCAAACUGUGCACACCAGUUGCCCAUUGCUGAAGCCAUGCUGACAUACAAACAGAAAAGCCCUGAUGAAGAAUCUUCGCAGAAGUUCAUUCCCUUUGUCGGGGUGGUGAAGGUUGGAAUAGUGGAACAAUCUUCUGCAACAUCAGGUGACUCUGAUGACGCAGCUCCCUCAAGCUCCAGUGUCCUUUCUUCUACCCCACCCUCUGUGUCUCCUGCUGUGAAAGAAGCCUCCCCCACGCCCCCUUCCUCACCGUCUGUUACAGGCAGCUUCACAUCCUCAAGCCAGGGCCUCGGUGCUGAGUUGAUGGGCCUGCAGGUGGAUUACUGGAUUGCAGCUCCACCCGUGGACAGAAAGAGAGACCCGGAGAAGAAGGACCCUUCCACUACCAAAAACACACUGAAAUGCACUUUCCGGUCCCUCCAGGUCAGCAGGUUACCUGCCAGCGGUGAGAUUGCCACCACUCCAACCAUGUCCAUGACUGUUGUGACAAAAGAAAAGAACAAGAAAGUGAUGUUUUUGCCCAAGAAAACAAAAGACAAGGAAGUUGAGUCAAAGAGCCAGUGUAUUGAAGGAAUCAGCAGGUUGAUUUGCACAGCGAAACAUCAGCAGAACAUGCUGCGUGUCCUGAUUGAUGGAGUGGAGUGGAACGAUGUCAAGUUCUUUCAGCUGGCAGCACAGUGGUCCUCUCAUGUCAAGCACUUUCCCAUCUGCAUAUUUGGACACUCCAAAUCUAACUUCUAGCUGUGCUCGGCGGAGGGACCUUCUGCCCGUCCCAGGGACUGCACACCAGGAGCCAGGAACUGCGUGCCAACUCUGACUUGCCUCGCUCUGCCCUCUCCUGCAGAAUUAAUUACAGAUGUGCUUGGAUUACUUUUGAAUUACUUUUUUCUAUUAACUCUAUAAGUUUACUACAAGGGAAGGAAACCCCUUUAAACAAAGGCAAAAAAACCCCAGUCUUAAAUAUAGAUGUGCUGACAACGUGAAGUUGUGGGGGAGUUGGCAGGAGCAGGCAACCUGCCCAAGAGCACCUACCACUUACAAGCAGAUAGCUGAGUAACUGCACUGCUUAUUAACCUGAGACCUCAUUGGUGUGAGUGGGCUGGGGGAGCCAUGGAUCAGCUCGAACGGAUUUUGCAGAAGAUGGUGUACGUUACGGUGCGUUUGGCCCCUCCCUCUAUAUUCUAGGAAAAAAGGAUGGCCAGUCUUUCUUCCUGCUGCCAAAGGACAAGAGAUCAGCAAGUCUGGAGGGAGUUCAACUGUCCAGUUUGGAAAACAAAC